AUGGGCAACAUCUGCUCAAAAUCCGCGAACAAGCCGGAUCCCUUCUCCACCCCCGGAAGAACUCUAGCUGAGGGUAGCGGUCCAAAUCCCUCCACUCAGAACAAGCCUACCACAGCCCCUCUUCCCCCGAAACUGACUUCCAGCACGCCUGGCCGAACACUUGGAGGGCCAGAUAGUUCCUCCCGUGCGGACGAUGCUAGAAGCGCCGCAGCAAGAGCAGCUGAGGAACGGGCUGCCAAAGCAAACAGGGCAGGAGGAAAACUCUCUGCCCAACUGUCCAGCCAGAAAAAGCAGACUCAGAACCAAUUGCUCAACUCUGGCUCCGAAGCAGAAAGGAGAGCUCGAGACGCCGAUCAAAGUGCUGAAGCCCGCAAUUGGAACUAA